AUGGGAGACCGACCAGGACACCAGCUUAUGAACCGGCACCACGAGCGCUUCGAUGUGAAUUAUUCACAAGAUCUAGAAAUGGGUAGCCAGUCAAGGUCUACCAUGGCAGUUGUGACGCCAUCCACAAUGCCGAACGAGACAUACCCGGUCGUGGGAGCGCCUUACUGGAGUAGCAACUCCCUUGCUACAGAAUCUAUAGACAAGUCAAACCCGGAAGAUGAGGACGCUAAUGAUGGUCUUGGAGGAGGCGAAGGACAGAUACAUGGUGGCGCCCAGUCUCAGAUGUAUGGAAACGGCGUGGCUUGGGGCCAGGAUAUGUCGAUGCCAAUGGAUUCAAUACAGCAAUACGUCCCGCGGCGGAUGGCCAACGGUUCUUGGGAGUCCGAGUUUCGGCAUUCACAGAUGCAGCCCGACGGCAGCCUUGCAUCGCCAUACGAGACGUCCUCGGCCGCAAACAACAACCCUCAAAUGUACGGCGACUACCCCAUGGUGAGCGGUCCAGCGCACCGCGUUGUGCCCUCCAACGCAUACGGAACUCCCAACGGCAACUCGACACCGACCACACCUCGUCUCGCUCCCAGCACUGCCGCCGGCUGGCCGCAGUCCGCUUUCCACGGCCCGGCCGGCAGCGCCGGCGGAGCCAACAUGCGCAGCAACACCCGGCUCGGCGGCACAGGGCUAGGCAAGGAGAUCAAGCCCAAGAUCCUGGCGUCAUCCGCAUCGGGCCUGCCCCGGAGGAGCCCGGUGCAGCAGAACGCCGCCACCGCGACGAAAUCCGAGCGCGCCAAGUCGGGCGACCGCACCACCCACAACGAUGUGGAGCGCAAGUACCGAACGAAUCUCAAGGACCGCAUCGCCGAGCUUCGGGCGGCGGUGCCUGCGCUGCAGGCGCAGCAGGACGUCGAGUCCGACGGCACGAGCAGCCACGCGGCGCCCAAGGUCAGCAAGGGCACCGUCCUGAGCAAGGCCACCGAAUACAUCCAGCAGCUGGAGCAGGCCAAUCGUGCCAUGGCCAACGAGCACCAGCAGCUCAUGGAGCGCCUGCACACGCUCGAGGCGAUGCUCCAGAACAGCGGGGUGCGUACGCCUCAGUACACACCCAAUCAUGGCAUGAACAUGUUUGAUCCUCGCGGCUUUAGCUGA